AUGGUUCUUCUUUUUGUACCAUGGAAGAAAGUGGUCAGUCAGAAACUCUAUAUAAUUUGCCGAGGUCAUUUUCACAACUUCAGGGACCCUAAAGGGGCCUACCAGCACUCUCCCCAUGAUUCCGGCCCAAAACAUGACUCCGCCACCUCCUUGCUGGCGUCGCAGCCUUAUUGGGACUUGGUGGCCAUCUACCAACCAUCUCCAUCCAUCUGGGCCAUCCAGGGUUGCACGGCACUCAUCAGUAAACAAGACUUUGGUUGUGACUCUGGUUUGUGCACAGGAUGUGGUGAGAGCCUUCAGGACAGCACUGGAAACUUCUCCUCCCCUGGGUUCCCUAACGGAUACACUGCAUAUAUUCACUGUAUAUGGAGGAUAUCAGUCACGCCUGGGGAAAAGAUCGUUCUUAAUUUUACAUCAAUGGAUCUGUAUAGAAGUCACUUGUGCUGGUACGAUCAUGUGGAGAUCCGUGAUGGAUUUUGGAGAAAAGCACCUUUGAAAGGCCGUUAUUGUGGAGACCAGCUACCCGAAGCCAUCGUCUCCACUGAGAGUCGACUGUGGAUUGAAUUCCGCAGCAGCAGUAAUUGGGUGGGGAAAGGUUUCUCUGCUGUUUAUGAAGCUAUUUGCGGAGGUGAAGUGAGAAGGGACAGUGGACAGAUUGAGUCACCCAAUUACCCUGAUGACUAUCGGCCUAAUAAAGUUUGCACAUGGAAGAUCAUCGUAUCCCAGGGGUUUCAUGUGGGCCUCAUCUUCCAGUCGUUUGAGACUGAGAAACAUGACAACUGUGCUUAUGACUUCCUGGAAGUGAGAGACGGUGAUUCUGAGAGCAGUCCUCUACUGGGCCGUUUCUGCGGCUACGAAAAGCCAGAUGAUGUCAAAAGCAGUUCCAACCAGCUGUGGAUGAAGUUUGUAUCUGAUGGUUCUGUGAACAAAGCUGGAUUUGCAGCUAAUUUCUUUAAAGAGAUUGACGAAUGUUCCAGGCCUGAUAAAGGUCAUUGUGAGCAGCGCUGUGUCAACACCCUGGGCAGCUACCACUGCGCCUGCAACCCUGGUUACGAGCUCGCCCCGGACCGCCGAAGCUGUGCAGCAGCAGCCUGUGGAGGAUUCAUCUCUAAACUCAAUGGCUCCUUCAAUAGUCCAGGAUGGCCGCAGGAAUACCCGCCCAAUAAGAACUGUGUGUGGCAGCUCAUAGCACCUGUGCAGUACCGCAUCACGUUGCUUUUUGACACUUUUGAGACCGAGGGGAACGAUGUUUGUAAAUAUGAUUAUAUUGAGGUACACAGUGGUUUGUCCACUGACGCCAAGCUUCAUGGGAAGUUCUGUGGCACAGAGAAACCGGAAGCGAUCACGUCCCAGCUCAACAGUAUGCGUGUCGAGUUCAAAUCAGACAACACUGUGUCCAAGAGAGGCUUCAAAGCUCAGUUCUUUUCUGACAUGGAUGAGUGUUCUAGGGAGAAUGGAGGUUGCCAGCAUGAGUGUGUUAACACGUUUGGGAGCUACAGCUGUCAGUGUCGCAGCGGCUUUGUGUUGCACACCAAUAAACAUGACUGCAAAGAAGUGGGGUGUGAUCAAGAAAUUACCAGUGUGUCCGGUAUCAUCACAAGUCCAAACUGGCCUGAUAAAUACCCCAGCAAGAAGGCCUGCACGUGGACCCUAUCCACCACCCCAGGCCACCGCAUUAAACUUGCUUUUGAAGAGAUUGAUAUGGAGGCUCAUCAGGAGUGUACAUACGACCACUUGGAGAUAUAUGAUGGCCAAAAUGGCAGAGCGACCAGUUUAGGACGCUUUUGUGGGGGCAAAAAGCCAUCACCGGUCAUUUCCAGUGGUAACACUAUGUUCCUGCAGUUCUCCUCGGAUAACUCAGUACAGAAAAGGGGUUUUAAGGUCUCUCAUUCAGCAGAGUGUGGCGGUAGUCUGAAGGCGGAGAUAAAGACCAAGGAUCUGUAUUCCCACGCUCAGUUUGGUGAUAACAACUAUCCUGGAGCUUCAGACUGCCAGUGGAUGAUCUCAGCGGAGAAGGGCUAUGGGGUGGAGCUUAUCUUCCACACCUUUGAGAUUGAGGAGGAAGCUGACUGUGGCUAUGAUUACAUGGAGCUGUUUGAUGGCGCUGAUGUCAAAGCGCCCAGGCUGGGACGCUACUGUGGGUCUGGGCCACCAGAGGAGAUCUAUUCAGCUGGUGAUGCCAUUGUCAUCAAAUUUCACUCGGACGACACCAUCAACAAGAAAGGUUUCCAUGUUCGGUACACAAACACCAAGUUCCAGGACACCCUGCACUCUAGUAAGUAAGUUCUUCAUGACAGAAGAGCUCCUGUGCACCUGUAUUGUUGAAGCCACGUACCCGAGGCCUCUUGCUCCCUCCCCUCCAGAAUGCAAAGAGGAAGUCCUAAUUGUGCCAUCCCCAUAUGUAGCCUUUCAGCUAUAAAAAGCAGAGAUGACAAUCUGAUGUAGGGACAUUUCAACAUUUUUUUUGUUGUACUUCAAAGAAUCCAUUGAAGACUAUAGGAAAUGGAACAUCAGACUGGCAGAUAUUAUUAGUAUGAAGAGCUUUGUUGACUACAGUCAGGUCAAUGAUACAAGUCACAAUGAGGAAGGAUGAAUUGGUUUCAAAAUGUCCCUGAUGCACUUUAGCCUCCCAGAGAUCUACUCCAAUCCGUGAAGGCUAGAAUCUUAAAUGCUUUUAGAUGUUUCUUUUAUUUCUAAAAUAAAAUCAACAUUUUUUUAUUGUCACACACCUGGGUAAUUUGUGUUUGGAAAUGUAUAAAAUAUCAUUCAGUCAUACUUACAAGGAUUAUAUUUUUUGUAAAAAAAAAAAAUAAUAAAAAUAAAAAAAUACUAGCACUAUUCCUUACAAUAGAGUUGUACAUGAUUAUCCAGACUUCUAAACUUAAAAAUAUAUUAGUAGAAAUAGAUCUAGUGCAACUUUACCCACUCACAAGUUGCAAGGAAUAAAGUUAAGCAACAAUGAAGAAGGAUCCAGAUUCAGCAACAUCAGCUUGAGAGCCUUCCCUUAGACUUAAAUUGUUUGGCAUUUGAACUUGUCCAUUUGAACCAAUGAACUGUAAGACAAUGUUAAUGUGACUAAUAAACAAUUUGAGAUGACUAAA